GUGAGAGGCUGUUGAGUUGAGAUCAGUGAGGACUGACCGUCGCAGAAAGAGAAGGGAGCAGCACUGGCAGCUAUUCGCAACUCACUGAAUCCCUGAAUUUCUGAUUCCGGACAUCAACCGAAUUUUUUUUGAGCAAAGUAACUUCAGCUUUUUUGGAGAUUGGCAUUGAUUGAUUCUGUAGCCUACUCAAGCGACAUUCUGAAGUCAGUGUCUUUUCUUUAUCACGACACAGAAAGCAUUUUCAGAUCGUUUGUGGUAGUUUUACACUGAUAAUUUAGACAGUUUGUCUAAAACCACAACACUGCCAGUUUGCUUCUGGUUGAGUUUAUUUUACCUCUUAUGGUAACAGUAGGCUAUAAACUGCAGUAGAAACGUUCUCUAGUUCCAAUAUUUCCAUUGACGUUUUAGUCGGAAAUUGCAUUUAAGAUGAUGAUCAUUAUCGCUGAAUUCUUCGUGGUCAUAUUGAAGGUGCUCUGGGCUUUUCUAGCGGCUGGGGCGAAAUGGGUCGUGCGUCCAAAGGAAAAGAGUGUCACGGGACAGGUGUGCGUGAUCACCGGGGCUGGAAGUGGCCUCGGGCGGCUUUUCGCUAAGGAGUUUGCUCGUAGACGGGCAGUUCUGGUGCUAUGGGACAUUAACAGCGAAAGCAACGAAGAGACUGCAGAGAUGGUGCGGCAGAUUUACCGUGAGCUGGACAGCCCGAUGUCCAAAGAUGGAACUGUCGGAGGGGUAGAAGAGGUGCCCCCUCUCCAGCCCCAGGUUUACACAUAUGUGUGUGACGUGGGAAAACGCGAGAACGUGUACUCCACCGCAUUGAAGGUGCGUCAGGAGGUGGGGGAAGUGGACAUUCUGAUCAACAACGCAGGCACGGUCUCUGGUCAUCACCUCCUGGAGUGUCCGGAUGAGCUUAUAGAACGCACGAUGGUUGUGAACUGCCAUGCACACUUCUGGACCACCAAGGCUUUUCUUCCCAAGAUGCUGGAGCGGAAUCAUGGCCACAUUGUGACGGUUGCCAGCUCUCUGGGCUUAUUCAGCACAGCUGGAGUGGAGGACUAUUGCGCCAGUAAGUUUGGGGCCAUCGGGUUCCACGAGUCUCUGAGCCAUGAGAUCAAGGCGUCUGACAAAGAGGGUAUCAACAUGACCCUGGUGUGCCCAUACCUGGUGGACACGGGCAUGUUCAAAGGCUGCAGGAUAAGAAAGGAGAUUGAGCCCUUCCUCCCCCCCCUGAGGCCUGAGUUCUGUGUGAAACAGUGCAUGAGGGCCAUCCUGACUGACCAGCCCAUGAUCUGCACGCCACGCAUCGUAUACAUGGUCAACUUCAUGAAAAGCAUCCUGCCUUUCGAGGCCAUCGUGUGCAUGUACCGGUUCCUGGGGGCCGACAAGUGUAUGUAUCCCUUCCUGGCCCAGCGGAAGGAGGCCAUGAACAACAACGAGGCCAAGAAUGGGAUCUAGGGGGCGCUGUUUCCACCAUACGCAGGGGCAUAUAGCCCAAGAGUACAAGGAUACGACCACUGGGGAUGCAUUAGGAAGGAAGAAGAGGGGGGGGGGGGGGGAAGAAGAAGAAGAAGAAGAAGAAGAAAAAAAGACUGAAUCUAGACUGGUGCACUUGCAUUGAGCGGAUGCAAAGGUUUACCAUAUUGUUCCUCUGGAACAAAGAAAGCUGUGUAGUACACAAAGGAUGUCAUUGUAUUUGUGUUGUUUUUUUUGUUUGUUUUUUUUUUUUAAGGAUUGUUUAGAGAAACCAAUCAUCAAUAAACUGUGUCAAUAGUUUUGAAAUCAUAUGAAAAAGGUAUUCAGUAAUUAACUAUUUACGUAAUGUAGUCACCAGCCUUAUCUAGUGUCUUUGUGGAAAUAUACAGUAUGUUACUGUACAAACAGUAAAAUUUUGUCACUUUUUAUUUGAAUUUUUUUGUAGACAUGCACUGUAAUUACUGACUUUCUCUACACUGCCAACUCUCUGUGUAGAUACGGUUCAACUUGGCAUUUCACUACCCAGAAUCCCCUGAGGCACAAUCCAACCAGUGCCUCAAAAUCAGAAUGGUCUAAAUUGUUAUCUAUGUUGCCAUCGUGCUGAUGUGUCUACUGUAAGGUCAUUGAUUUCACUGUCAACUGAAGAGAUUCCAUCCAUUAUAAUCCGUUUCCAUGUAGAUCAUUUGUUUACAACAUUGUUUUCGUCAAUGCUUUGUUAACAUGAUUUUUAGACACACACGUGAACACACUUUCCAGCUCAAACUAACAGCUACCUUUUGGCUUAUCCAGGUGGGUGGCUCUUUUCAGACAUGCAAUUCUGUCAUGUGGAAGUUAUUUAAGUACUCAUGUCAAUGUUCAGAAGACCCAUCCCCCAACUCUAAACCUUAAUUAAGUUGCCCUAAUCUAAUUGAAGCGAUGAACUACAUUGUGCUACUCUGCUCUCUAGAGGGCAUGUAUUGAUCAUCAGCUGAAGAGAGUGCUGAAAGAUCCUGUCAUUGAUGUGCAAAUUCUGACCAGCUAUUGAUUGGUUUGGGGGGAAAAAUAAAGGUAAAAAGGAUAUUGCCAAAAUCUUAUUGUUUAAAUCAUUAUUUCAUUUCUAAGCCAACUAAAACCUAGUGUUUGGGACCUGACAUCGAACAGUCAGAGAUGUCUUCGAGUGAACUGUAAACAUAUAAAACAGUAGUGAUGCUCUUAUUUAGUCUAGUUGUCCAUCUUGUUAAGUGUGAGAUGUAAACGUUUUAACUGUUGUACUCCCACUAAGGACAUUGCUGUCUCCGCUGUAAUUGAUGUUUGGAUAUUUUAUAAAAGUUUUUGAAUUUCAACUACAUUCCAACAGGUCUCAUUUCUCCAGUCACAGCGAUGAGCCUAAAUUCUCUACCUCUAUUUUUUUUUUUGCCAUUCGUUGACAGUAUAACAUAAGCCUCUUUUUGUAAUAUUUCUGAAGACUGCUCUUUAGUCGAGCAAAUGUGGUUCUGAUGUUUAGUGUCUUUACCUAACUUAAAUUAAUAAAGUGAUUUAGAUUAUUA